AUGGGCGCGACUGACUCAUCUCAAGGCCUCUUCGUGCAGAUGCUCAUCAUUUCUCCUGUGAUCUCGUGGAUAUUAAAGCCAGGACGUUUUUCAAAGCGUCGAGGUUUCUUUUACGCCGUCGCCUUCCUCGUUGCCAUCGCUGUCGCCACUGUGGGUAUGGAUCUAUAUGAGCAAGAAGGAAAUUUGUAUCACGUUGUAGGCGUUAAUCGUGAUGCCUCCUAUGCGGACAUUAAACGUGCCUUCCGUCAGCGUUCCGUGGAACUUCAUCCGGAUAAAAAUCCAUCACCCUCUGCCGUCGAAGAAUUUAAUCGUCUUCGAUUAGCGUUUGACAUUUUAGGAGAUGCCCAUAAACGCCCAUUGUACGAUUUAUUCGGUGAAAAUGCUGUGGAGAAGGACCUUUGGUCACUCCAGAUUGAGACUCUUGCAGGUUCGCUGACAUAUUACGCUCUUUGGGCUGUGAUCACGUUCAUAACGACACUAAGUGACAAGGCUCGAUUAGCGCGUUCGUGGUCGUUGGCUGCGUGUGUAGUCUGUUUUAUCAUGGAGCUUAAUUUUUACUACGGUGGUGGGCGUUUGACCCCAUCUUUAUUCCCAAUGAUGACGGUACAUGACUUCAUAGCCAUGAUGCACUCACUUUUUCCACCAUUUCUUAACGGAUGCCGUGCAAUUGGCGAGUACUUUCAUACCGAUUUGGCUCAAAAGAACUUUGAGCUUGGCCUUGAGUUACUGAAGAGCAACCAAGCAAUUUUAUUGAACAUGCGCCAGCUUCAUGGAGAAGUGGCGUCACUGUCUAGACGUCGUCCAGAAGUCGUUAAGGGUGAUACAGUUCCUGCUGCUGCAAAGAAGCGUUUAAAAAUGGAGAAACAUCCGGCUUCAGUCGAUCAUCUUAUUGAAGAUGCAGAUACUGCAAAAAAACUACUAGAACUCUCGAUUCCAAAGUCCGAAGUGCAGGAGGAAAGCGGCGGUUUUGGUAUUCCUCGAUGGGUCUGGGGACUUGGCGUCUACUUUGCACUCAACUACUUUUUCGACUGA